CUUCAAAGUGAGUACAAUCAUCCUUUUUCUCUAAACCCCGAAUAAAAAAUCCUUUAGUGGCGCUUUAUCCCUCCAAAUUUCAGUGAAUUAAAAUCUUUUAAUAAAACAGUAAAUCAUCAUUUUGUUUGGAGGCUUCAUAAUAAAAGUGUUAAAAACCGCGUUUGAUAUUUUCCCCAUAAACUUUUAUCAUAAACCGCUUACCUUUCUGAUACACCAACUUAAAUAUAUAUUGACCAACAAUUUCUCUUUCAAUUACGAAACAAUAAGCAUUAUAGAAAUUCUAAUUUAUUGUCUAAAAUUCUCAGCGUAGAAUCAAAAACCCUCAGCGAAUUAUACUUAUGUUUCCUUUACCCCUUUUCACAAAUACUCUCUAAUCAAGCGUUCCGUACACUUGCAAUUAUUCUAUCCAAAUUAAAUGAACGAAGCUAAAUUCGAAAUUAGUCAACUUCCAACAUAUAACCUAAGGAAACUUAGAAAUAAAUUACAAGCAAGUUUAGACAAAGUAACGGGUAAAAUUCGUAUUACUCGUCUUCAAAGCACAUACUCUUUUACCAAAAACACAGUUUAUAUUAACCACCUUAGAGAACACAUCUGGUAUAUAAAUCAAAUUUUAGAAGAACGUUUAAACCCCAUUCUCCGAAGCCCUUUAGCCGUGAACAGACAAUUUUUAAACCGUUCCCUAAGCCAACGUCUUAUCACAAAUCCUAAUCCACAAAAAUCUAUCAACAUGACACUCGUCGGACACUCUGAUGACGAAACAACCAAUAAAACUCAAGCCCAAGCUCAAGCCCAAGCUCAAGCCCAAGCUCAAGCCCAAGCUCAAGCCCAAGCCGCCGCAGAGGCCGCCGCAAUAAACGCCACCCUAUCUGGUGCAAAUGUUCAACCUAAAAUUCAAAUUUCUACUGAAGCUCCAAACCCAAAUAUAACCCCAAAUCAAGAUCUUUUUUCUCCUACUCAAAACACUUCCUUCACUUACGGUGGCGCUUACCCCAAAGUGUCAAACACCCCUUUUUCAUUAAAGCCUUCUAUAUUUAACCAAACUCAAUCCCAACCUGAAACUGUAUCACAAUUAAAAGAAGAAAUCUCUAAAUUAAAAACCUUUCAACAAAACGAAAAAAUUCUUUAUCAAAACCAAAUUGCCAAUCAAAAAACCCAAUUCGAACAAAUGUUGACUGGUUUAAAAAGCGAAAUGGCCAGCCUUAAAAAACAAAUCAACAACUCCUGCACUGGCGAUGAUCUUUUACAUAAUGAUACGAAUAUUCCGUGGGCCCCCACCGGCCAAAAACCAAAGAACAAAAAAUCCAAUACUCAAACUUCAGAGCAAACCUUCUCCUUAACUAAUCCUCCUCAAUCUCAUCCAAAUAUUAUGGAGAACCCCAAUUUUUCCAAUUUUAAUACCGGAUUAUCCACACUUCCAAGAGCAGACCCAAACCACAUACGUCAAACUUACGCUCGUCGCUUGAGAUCUCUCCCAAUUUUCGAUGGAGAAAAUUAUAAAUCCCUUCGCGACUUCCUCGACAUUUCAGAGGCUCUCAACGAAUCUUGGGAAACCGAAGCAGAGAAAAAUGAAUUAAUUGAGACUCUGAACCUACAGAUUCGUGGUGAGGCUCGCAGUGUGGUCGGUGACCUUUUCGACUCUACCUACGAAGAAAUGAGAAGGAAAUUACUUAAACAUUUUUCUUAUCUGGCCAAUAAAGAGGUCAUCACUAGUAAAUUGGAAAAUAUUCACCAAGAAAAAGAUGAAACAAUCACUGAAUAUGCUGAAAGAACCCGUAAACUUUUUCGUGAAAAAUGUAGCGCGUAUGAAAACCUUCCAGAAGAUCAAAAGAAGGAAUACAAUAGAACAGCUAGAAGAGCUUUUGCAAAGGGCAUAAGAGAACCCAAAAUUAAAGACAGACUUAUUAUAAGGGGUUCAAGCUCUCUUGAAGACGCCAUAGCCUAUGCUAUAGAGGCUGAAAAUGACGACGCUACUAUAAUUCCAAAUUCCGAACUUUUCUGUAGACGUUGCAAACUCGCCGGUCACAGGGCAAGAGAAUGCAGGGGUGCAGAACAUAACACUGGCGUCAGACAAUUGAUCGGACUAAUAAAAAAUAUUAGAUUUGAUAGCGACAUAUCCGCACGUAGAUAUGCCGCUUCUCGGGGCUAUGCCCCAGCUGGCAGAAUUUUCUCUACUAACCCAAGAAAUUACAAUAUGAACCUCAGGAAUAAUAACAUCAGAAAUUAUGCCCGAAACUGGAACAAUUCUAACCAACGUACUUGGUCUAAUGACAACCAACGCAAUUUCAAUCGAAAUAACUUCAGACGGAAUCCAAACAAUAAUGACACCCAAAUUCAACAAAAUAACUCUCGUUUUAAUGGCCAAAGACCACCCGCAAACCCCCAAAACCCUGGCAGAAAUUUUAGAAUCAAUUCUCUUCCAACGGUUCUCAGCUCACCAGAAUCGGAAAACUAAAUCGGAUGAAAUAUG